CGAAAAAAAGACCGGCGGUCGCCCAAACACUUUGCCGGCGUGGUGGUGCCCGUGGUCCGGCUUCUUGAAACCGAGCGCAGCUGAGGAAGAGGACGCAGCCAUGGAGCACAGCCACAUCUUCCCCGUGUUCCCUCCAAAUGGCAGCAGCUGGAGCACCGGGCAGAAUCCCUCAGAGGUGGCCCCGGGGUGUCCCCUCGGACCUCUGCCCGUCAUCUACUACAGUGUCCUGCUGUGUCUCGGCUUGCCUGCCAACAUCCUGACAGUGGUCAUCCUGUCCCAGCUGGUGCUGCGUCGUCAGAAGUCGUCCUACAACUAUCUCCUGGCGCUGGCGGCCGCCGACAUCCUGGUCCUGCUCCUCAUCGUCUUUGUCGACUUCAUACUGGAGGACUUCAUUUUGGCCACGCCCCUCCCUCCGUCCGUAAACAGCGCGGUGCAGGUGCUGGAGUUCUGCUCCAUCCACACCUCCAUCUGGAUCACCGUGCCGCUCACCGUCGACCGCUACAUCGCCGUUUGCCACCCGUUGCGCUACCACACCGUCUCCUACCCGGCCCGCACUCGCAGGGUGAUAUUUGCCGUCUACGUCGGGUGCCUGCUCUCCGCGGCGCCUUACUACUGGUGGCCGGAGCUCUGGCACGGCUGGCCCGCCUUGGCGAGCGGCGGCGAGAGCGAGAGCGGCAGAACCGCCGCCCAGCACGUGCUGGUAUGGGCCCACUGCGCCACCAUCUACCUCCUCCCCUGCGCGGUCUUCUUCUCCCUCAACGUUGUCAUCGUCCGCAAGCUGCGCCGCCGUCGCAGCUGCUUCCGCAUGCGCGGCUACUCCACCGGCAAGACCACCGCCAUCCUCCUCGCCAUUACUUCCAUUUUCGCGGUGCUGUGGGCGCCGCGCACCCUCAUGAUCCUCUACCACUUCUACUCCUCGCCGCCGACCUCACAGGGCGCCAGUCGCCUCCUUCACGUGCUCACGGACAUGGCCAACAUGCUGGCCUUGCUCAACACCGGCGUCAACUUCUUCCUCUACUGUUUCAUCAGCAAGCGCUUCAGGGGCAUGGCGGCCAACGUGCUGCAGGCGCUGGUCCACUGUCGGAAGCAACCGCAGCCGUUUUACGCCAGCCAUAACUUCUCCAUCACCAGCAGCCCCUGGAUCUCGCCCGCCAACUCCCACUGCAUCAAGAUGUUGGUCUACCAGUACGACAAAAACGGGAAGCCCAUCUGUAUUUCCUCUUAAGGGCUCGACCACAGCGUUUCAACGUCAGGUUUCGCCAGCCCCGGCAACCAUCCUUGCCUGCAUGGGACUGUUCGAAGGCCAACCUGCAAGCCGGGGACCGCGGUGGCACUUAGGAUAGCUUUGAGCCCAAUCACAAAAAAAAGAAAAGAUAACCGAACCAGCAUCACCAUGCAAAAAAAAAUAAGAAUCAACCCCACUUAGGGUUUCCUGGGUGCCUGCUGUAGUGGUACGGAGAGACAGCCCGACGGAGAGAGUCAUAGGUGACAUCAAUGAAAGUCGACUGCAGCUACUUGGAACGCCUGCUACUCUGUGUGCUCAUUUUCAGGAAGGCACUGAACUUGGAAGUCUAAGCGUUCUCCUCUCCCGGCUCGUGAUGUAAAACUCUUAAUGGCAGUUGUAGGUUUUUACCAUGGAGUCUGGUGCUUGCUGUGAGAUACGAGUAGUUGGUGUAUUCAUGCUAGACUGUUAAUUGUAGCGUCCAGCGACAACGUUACAGACUGGUGGCUAUGAGCUAGUAAUCGUUUUUCUAGUAUUAGGAAGAGGAAAUUUCUGCCGUCCGUAGAUAGUCCUCUAUGAACUAAUAAUGGCUCUAGAUGACUUACUGUUAACCAUUACCCGGGUGAAUAUUAUACAUGUAAUUGGAUGUCUCUUUAACCCUUUAUACGCCAGAGGAGUGACGGCAAAAGGCUUGUUUCCCGCAAGUAAGAUGAGUCUACGGAUGUUUUUGGUCAUCCAGGUCAUUGUAUUCUCAUGUAAGACCUUCCGUUUUAUACUAAGGCCGGCAAACCACCACUCCGGCGGCUCCGACCGGAAGAGAAUAUUUUAGGAAAUGUGCAUUUAUUGAAAGAGUUCUAUAAUGUCCGUAAGCCAGUAAACAUGUAAUUGGAUGUCUCUUUAACCCUUUAUACGCCAGAGGAAUGACAGCAAAAGGCUUGUUUCCCGCAAGUAAGACGAGUCUAUGGAUGUUCUUGGUCAUCCAGGUCAUUGUAUUCUCAUGUAAGACCCUUACUUACAUAAGACAUACUUUUCCGUUUUAUACCAAGGCCGGGAGAUCACCACUCCGGCGGCUCCGACCGGAGGAGAAUAUUUUAAGAAAUGUGCAUUUUUUGAAAGAGUUCUAUAAUGUCCGUAAGCCAGUAAACAUGCAAUUGGAUUUCUCUUUAACCCUUUAUACGCCAGAGGAGUGACGGCAAAAGGCUUGUUUCCCGCAAGUAAGACGAGUCUACGGAUGUUCUUGGUCAUCCAAAUCAUUGUAUUCUCAUGUUAGACCCUUAUAUAAGACGUACUUUUCCGUUUUAUACUAUGGCCGGGAAACCACCACUCCGGCGGCUCCGACCGGAGGAGAAUAUUUUAAGAAAUGUGCAUUUUUUGAAAGAGUUCUAUAAUGUCCGUAAGCCAGUAAACAUGCAAUUGGAUGUAUCUUUAACCCUUUAUACGCCAGAGGAGUGACGGCAAAAGGCUUGUUUCCCGCAAGUAGGACGAGUCUACGGAUGUUCUUGGUCAUCCAGGUCAUUGUAUUCUCAUGUUAGACCCUUAUAUAAGACGUACUUUUCCGUUUUAUACUACGGCCGGCAAACCACCACUGCGACGGCUCCGACCGAAAGAGAAUAUUUUAAGAAAUGUGCAUUUAUUGAAAGAGUUCUAUAAUGUCCGUAAGCCAGUAAACAUGUAAUUGGAUGUCUCUUUAACCCUUUAUACGCCAGAGGAGUGACGGCAAAAGGCUUGUUUCCCGCAAGUAAGACGAGUCUAUGGAUGUUCUUGGUCAUCCAGGUCAUCGUAUUCUCAUGUUAGACCCAAGGCCGGCACACCACCACUGCGGCGGCUCCGACCGGAAGAUAAUAUUUUAAGAAAUGUGCAUUUUUUAAAAGAGUUCUAUAAUGUCCGUAAGCCUGUAAAUGUGUCAUAAAUGGAUACAUGCUUGACAGUAGGCGUGGUGUUCCUGGGAUUAAAGGCCUCACCUUUUCUCCUCCAACACCUCCACACAGAGAAGUUAGACCCUUAUAUAAGACCUACUUUUCCGUUCAAGCCCACUACGGCGGCUUUGAUCGGCAGAGAAUAUUUUAAGAAAUGUGCAUUUUUUGGAAAGAGUUCUAUAAUGUCCGUAAGCCAGUAAAUGUGUCAUAAAUGGACACAUGCUUGACGGUAGGGAUGGUGUUCCUGGGAUUAAAAGCCUCACCUUUUCUCCUCCAACACCUCCACCCAAAGAAAUAAGCCAACCCGGGGGAAUAUAACACAUGCAAUUGGAUUUCUCUUUAACCCUUUAUUCGCCAGAGGAGUGAGGUGUGAUGUUAAAAGACUUGUUUCCAGCAAGUAAGACGUGGCUAUGGAUGUUCUUGGUCAUCCAGGUCAGUGUAUUCUCAUGUAAGACCCUUAUAUAAGACACACUUUUCCGUUUUAUAUUG